AUGGCUUGACUUCAAUCUCCAACAGUCUGCGCGCAUAUAUAAGACUCUCGUCGAGGUACCCACUGUCGUACAUCUUCUCCUACAACCACCAUGUAGCUCCAGGCCCCGCGCCGUCUCUUCUAUUGACAACGGUAGCUGACAGUGACUAUAUGCGCCCGUUAUGCAGCGCGUCGCUUCCCCUGCCUCUUGCGCAUUCGUACAUUCAUUGCGCACAGGAGGACGUCAUCACGGAUGGGUCAGCCCUCUAGCUCGUCCCGCGCCCUCUAGCUCAUCUCCCUCGCCGGCCUGCACCCCAACGCCGCGACGGCCGAGCUUGCGCACAGCAUGCUCGCAUACGUCGGCGCUGCUGUCCACAAUAUCCAGCUGAGUAUCCUGGGUUCAGACUACCCCUCUCGUCAUCGUUUACGUUCCGUGUUCGGUAUGUCCGACGCUUCUGGAGUGUGCAGUCCUACCCAUCCUGGACAAGACCCUCCGGCUACAAGCUGUCUUGCCACAAGUAUGACAACGAGGAGCGCAUUGCGCACACUUGCUGCUCGUGCAGAGGGCUUUGAGCAGUCACCACUGGUUGGAUCUGCGCCUCCGCCCACUUGGCAGUACUGCCACAUGGCAGUCAGUUCCAAGAUGAUAGGCCUCGCCUUCAAACGGCGCACUCAGGUGGAGUCUUGCUGUUCCCAUCGAAAUGGGAUUAUAACCGGCAGUGUCGAGGGCGAACUAGACUACGGUGGGCGGCUGAGGUCGAACGAUCCGCACCCGCCGUCAGAUCUCGGCCAAGAGACUCGGUCUAGCUCGCCCUCGACAUUCCUCCUUACGGGACGCCCCAGCGAUACUAAGGCCGCCACAUUCCGCCUGUGCGCACGUCUGCAGUUGGGGGUGUAUAGCAUGAUGUCAUUAGGAAAACAUCUGGAAUACUUCGACACUACUAUGGAAUUCAACUCUCAUCAACCUCAGAAGUGGACAUCAACGAAAUCAACAACUCAGCCUAACACUGGCGAACCAUCAAGAGCGUACUCGCGAUAUGUGCUGGCAAAGGACUAGCACGCGCAAGGCCAGGGCCAGCUGGCGGAUAGGCGUCGAACCUAAUCACGAAAUUUAUGGAGCAACCCCGAGGAGAUUGCAAAACUGCAACGACUCACAAGGCGGACGGUGCGGGUGCACAUGGUCAGAAAUUCAUGAUCGUCCACCGGAGGUGCAUCCCAUAUACCUUUCAAGUUUGUUUCAAGUAAGGCCAUGGUUCCGACAGGCGGAACAAUCGAGAUCAACGAGUGU